GGCGCAUGUUCUCCGCCUAAACAGCAGAGGCGCUGCAGCCUGCCCCCGCAUCUUACUUCACUUAGGUACACGUCACGCAGUGAGCUCUCAGUUUUUGCCACGGUUGCUACUUCGCUGCAGCUUCAAGGAAAAUACUGAAGUCUGUAACUUUGUCCAGGAUGACCGCGAUGCUGCGCGCAUGUGUGCUGCUGGUUGUUCUCGCGCUGGGUUCAGGAGAGGAGGGCGCGCGGCUGCUGGCCUCCAAGUCCCUGCUGAACCGCUACGCUGUGGAGGGCCGGGACCUCACCCUGCAGUACAACAUCUACAAUGUAGGCUCCAGUGCUGCCCUGGAGGUGGAACUUUCUGACGAUUCUUUUCCUCCUGAGGACUUCGGAAUUGUGUCGGGAAUGUUGAAUGUUAAAUGGGACAGGAUUGCACCAGCUAGCAAUGUCUCUCAUACAGUGGUGUUGCGCCCCCUAAAGGCUGGAUACUUUAACUUCACCUCAGCCUCUGUCAGCUAUGUAGCCCAGGAAGGAGGACAAGUUGUGGUGGGCUAUACCAGUGCCCCUGGCCAGGGGGGCAUCUUGGCUCAGAGAGAGUUUGACCGCCGUUUCUCCCCACACUAUCUGGACUGGGCUGCAUUUGGAGUGAUGACUCUGCCUUCUAUUGGAAUUCCUCUGCUCCUCUGGUACUCAAGUAAAAGGAAAUAUGACUCGCCAAAAGCCAAGAAGAACUGAGGACCAGUUCCUGGGUUUAAGGAAUGGGGAAUGAUGGGGCAUGGGAUCCAGCCCCUAUUUAGAGUAAAGGUGGAAAUGGACAGUACCAAGGAAAAUAACUUGAUCAAAAAGCAGUAUGUGAGUAAGAUGAGUCUAGAGCAGAUAGAAAAAGGAGGAAAUAUCAGUGUCUACAAUUAGUUGAUUUCUAAAUGGGUUCAAAAGACACAACACCUGUGGUUAUUACUUUUCCAGCUGUGUAAAAUCAUGUAAUUGUUGAUGUUGUGAUCUGAAUUUAAUGUAAAAGUUCUAGAAUGUUCAAUUAUAAAUAAUUGUUUUUUUCUUCUAA